GUCUAUGGAAAGACAGCAGCCUGCAGGCACAGCCAUUCAAGAUGCACUCAGGUGUCCUGGCUGCCUUCCUCUUCUUGAGCUGGACUCCUUGUUGGUCCCUGCCCCUUCCCAAUGAUGAGGAUGACGACGAUCGGUCUGAGGAAGACUUCCAAUAUGCAGAGCGCUACCUCAGAUCAUACUACCAUCCCCUGAACCCCGCUGGCAUCCUGAAGAAGACCGCAGCAAGCUCCAUGGUUGACAGGCUUCGAGAAAUGCAGUCUUUUUUUGGCUUGGAGGUGACUGGCAAACUUGACGAUAAGACCUUAGACAUCAUGAAAAAACCAAGAUGUGGGGUCCCUGAUGUGGGUGAAUACAAUGUUUUCCCUAGAACUCUCAAAUGGUCCAAAAUGAACUUAACCUACAGAAUUGUGAAUUAUACCCCUGACAUGACUCAUUCUGAAGUGGAAAAGGCAUUCAAAAAAGCCUUCAAAGUUUGGUCUGAUGUGACACCUCUGAAUUUUACCAGACUUCACAAUGGCACUGCUGAUAUCAUGAUCUCUUUUGGAACUAAAGAGCAUGGUGACUUCUACCCUUUUGAUGGCCCCUCUGGUCUGCUGGCUCAUGCUUUUCCUCCUGGGCCAAAUUACGGAGGAGAUGCCCAUUUUGAUGAUGAUGAAACUUGGACAAGUAGUUCCAAAGGCUACAACUUGUUUCUUGUUGCUGCCCAUGAGUUUGGCCACUCCUUAGGUCUCGACCACUCCAAGGACCCAGGAGCACUCAUGUUUCCUGUCUAUACCUACACUGGCAAAAGCCACUUCGUGCUUCCUGAUGACGAUACGCAAGGGAUCCAGUCUCUCUAUGGUCCAGGAGAUGAAGACCCCAACCCGAAACACCCCAAAACCCCGGACAAAUGUGAUCCCUCCUUAUCCCUCGAUGCCAUUACCAGUCUCCGAGGAGAAACAAUCAUCUUUAAAGACAGAUUCUUCUGGCGCCUGCAUCCUCAGCAGGUUGACGCGGAGCUGUUUCUAACAAAAUCCUUUUGGCCAGAACUUCCCAACCGUAUUGAUGCUGCAUAUGAGCAUCCCUCCCAUGACCUUAUCUUCAUCUUUAGAGGCAGAAAAUAUUGGGCUCUUAAUGGCUAUGACAUUCUGGAAGGUUAUCCCAAAAAGAUAUCUGAACUAGGAUUUCCAAAAGAGGUUAAAAAGAUAAGCGCAGCUGUUCACUUCGAGGACACAGGAAAGACCCUCUUCUUCUCAGGAAACCAGGUCUGGAGCUAUGAUGAUACUAACCAUCUGAUGGAUAAAGACUACCCCAGACUAAUAGAAGAGGACUUCCCAGGAAUCGGUGAUAAUGUAGAUGCUGUCUACGAGAAAAAUGGUUAUAUCUAUUUUUUCAACGGACCCAUACAGUUUGAAUACAGCAUCUGGACUAACCGUGUUGUUCGGGUCAUGCCAGCAAAUUCCCUAUUGUGGUGUUAAGUGACUUUUAAAUGUUGUUAUUUAAAUCCUGAAGAACAUUUGGGAUAAGGAUUCAAGGAUCUGGGAAGGAGGGAGUGGGGGAGGGGCAGAUAUCAGGGAAAGCUUCGUUCUGUGAACAAGCUUUAGUAAGUUAUCUUUGACUAUAUAAUAUCUAUAUGGCUAUGCGUGGCUGGAACCACAUUGAAUUUUAAAGUAAUAAAAUUCAAUUUCUCUAAGGAUCAUUUAAUUUCUGUGUCCUAUAUAGAAGCAAUAACUGACAAUAUUUCCCAACAUUAAAAAAUGAAACAUAAAUGGUUUGUCAAGGAGAGUUAGCAUAAUUUUUAAUAUAUUUAUAAGGAAAUUUUGCAAAGGCAUAAGUAUAUCACAUUUAUAUAAUUAAUAAGUCAUCUUUGUCAAAAAAUAUAAAAUAGUAUAAAAUAGAAUUUGGGGGGUACCAUAUGGUAGCUAUAGAAAAAUAAAGGGAAGUGUCUGUAAUAAAUAUAUUGUAAACAACUUUGCAAAGAUAUAAUAUGGGUUUUGCAUUGAAGGAUUUGGGUGUAUAUGUACCUUUUCAUACAGACACUAAAGCCACAUCAACGUCACUAAAGGUAGGAGACAGAGACUAAUAGUGAGGACAGUAGAUGAGGCCUUUGGAUUCUGUUUAAUUUUACUUUUAACAAUGACUCAAUGGCUACUUUCAAAGAACACAAAUAUCUCUUUGCUUAUUUAUAGAAGAUAAAGAGGAACAAUCUCUCUGUAUUCAAAUAUUUCAGGUCUUUCAAAAAAAUCAAAGUAAAGUAUUAAAAUUGUUAUAAAAAUUAUCUAAGAUAAUUUCUCAUAAAAUUGUUGGAUUAAGAUUAAAAGUAGCAUUUUUACCCUAUUUUUAUCAAGACAAUUGUUUCAGUUGUCUAAUUUACCUUUGGUAUAUAGGCUAUCUUAUUUAUAGAUAUAGACAAAAUAUAUCUUAUAUAUAGAAAGGAGGUAUGUUAAAACAGAGACAUCAAGAUAAAGAAAAACAGUUUAAAUAGAUUGUGGUCCUCCUGAGGAUUUGCAACAAUGUCUUUUUCUCUCCCUUUAAAACAAAUUCCUCAGUACUUUUUACAGUGCCUGGCACUUGGCAUUUAUUGAAUAUAUGAAUGUCCAUCGAGGGGUCUGAGAGAUCUUGUUUAUAAAAACUCAGGCAAAG